AGUUGCACAUGUCUUAGUUCUCGCUCUCUUGCAUCCAUUCUUCUUUAAAUGCGUCUCGUUUAAUUGAAUUCGUUCUCUCUCUCUCUUAUUGCCCGAAAAUUAUAUUUCGAGAAAACGAAACCGAGAAUCGGCUACCGAACAAGAUGCACGGCCGAUGCACUUGGAAUUAGAAGCUGCCAUCAACACCAUGCUCAUUGCGUCAAGGAGGUCGUCCUCUGCCACUGUCCCGAUUGCUCCCUCCGCGUCCUCGACGGACGGUUCGUUUAAUUCACUCCCAUCAGAUGCUUCUCUCGACUCAGCUUAGAUCCGCCUCGACUCUGUUCUGUUCCGUUCACUUCUUCUUCUUGCGUCAGGAUUAAGAUUGGAUUGUUGGUCUCCCGAGUACUCCAUAUCCGAGUCAAACAAGUUAGCUCAGUUCCUCAUUCAGCAUCCUACUUUUUCUUGGUUAUUUUUUCCACGAAUGAAAACCUUCAAAAAGGUACUUCCUCGAGCUACAUAUGCAUUGAGAAAGGCUGUUCACUCCCGCCAGUUUUGUGAUUUUAUGGUGGAAGUGCAUUCCCCAGAGGAAGAAGUAGUGAUUGCUCUAGGGAGCAAUGUGGGGAAUAGGAUCCAUAAUUUUGACAAAGCUCUAUCUCUAAUGAAAAAAUCAGGUAUUACAAUCACAAGACAUGCUUGCCUAUAUGAAACAGAACCUGCUUAUGUGACUGAGCAACCCUUAUUCCUUAAUUCUGCAAUCAGAGGCUUCACCAAGCUUCAGCCACAUGAACUGUUAAGAGUUCUUAAACAAAUUGAGAAGGAGCUGGGUCGAACAGAGGGCAUUAGAUAUGGUCCCAGGCCUAUAGAUCUGGAUGUGUUGUUUUAUGGCAAGUACAGUAUAAAAUCAGAGAUUCUUAGCAUACCCCAUGAACGUAUUUGGGAGAGGCCAUUCGUGGUUGCACCUUUAAUUGAUCUUUUGGGUACCUCCAUUGACACAGAUAGUGUUGCUACUUGGCAUUCCUUUUCUGGUCAAUUUGGUGGUAUUUCAGAAGUAUGGAAGAAACUUGGUGGUGAAUCUUCAAUUGGAAAAGAAGGUCUCAGAAGGGUUUUACCUAUUGGUGACCACUUGUGGGACUGGUCAAAGAGAACCCAUGUGAUGGGUGUUCUGAAUCUGACACCCGAUAGCUUCAGUGAUGGCGGCAAGUUUAUUUCAGUAGAUGCUGCAGUUUCCCAUGUUAGGCUAAUGAUCUCGGAGGGGGCUGAUAUUAUUGAUAUAGGUGGACAGUCCACACGCCCUUUAGCACCAAAAGUUUCUGCUGAAGAAGAAUUGAAGAGGCUGAUGCCUGUUUUAAAAUCAGUCAUUAACAUUCCUGAAGCAGAAGGGAAACUUUUCUCGGUUGAUACAUAUCAUUCAAAAGUUGCAUCUGAGGUGAUAGCUGCUGGGGUUCAUUUUGUUAAUGAUGUUUCUGGAGGUAGGUUAGACACUGAUAUGUUUUCAGUUGUUGCUGGCCUUGGUUCACCUUACAUCAUGAUGCAUAUGAGAGGGGAUCCAAGUACCAUGCAGAACAAAGAAAAUGUGUCAUAUGAAGAUGUAUGUAAAGAAGUGGCAAAUGAGUUGUACUCCAGGGUUGAGGAGGCAGAGCAAUCAGGAAUUCCUUCAUGGAGAAUCAUAAUUGAUCCUGGUAUUGGUUUCUCUAAAACUGUUGAACAGAACUUGGAAAUUCUCAUGGGCAUGCAGACAAUUCGUAAAGAAAUUGCCCAUAGAAGUUUAGCCAUUUCUCAUGCACCUAUGUUAAUUGGACCUUCUCGAAAGAGUUUUCUAGGUAAAAUUUGUGACCGAUCAGACGCUACAGAGCGUGAUCCUGCAACCAUUGCUUCUGUUACAGCAGGAAUUUUGGCUGGUGCUAACAUUAUAAGAGUACACAAUGUUAAAGACAACUUAGAUGCAGCAAAGGUCUGUGAUGCAUUACUAUCACAGAGGAGAACUUGAUGUAUUGGUUACUCUUUGCUUCUUGUUACCUCCGAGUUUUUCAUAAAGUAAAUUUUUCUGAUGCAGGAAGAAUCAUUUAAUUUAGAAAUAAGUUUUAGAUCGUUUGAUGAGUUUUCAGAAGCUUCUUGA